ACGGAAUGAGAAGGUCCUCAUGUCCUUCCUGAAGCCUGGGCAACUGGCCUUUGAGGAAAGCUACCAUGACCCACAUCCCAGCCCCAUAGGCUGCCAGACCCCGGUUGCUCCACCUCCUUGACGUCUACUUCUCUACUUCGUUGUUUAUCCCAAGGGACCGAACCACGUCGGUGCAGGCGUCGGAUGCUUCCAAGUUUGAGAUUCGGGAUAAAAAGAAAAGAAGGCGAGCCUUGGCUUGUGGUCAUACGGCAACCAGGGGAUUUCCUACUCAAUUAAUGACUGCAUUUCCUUCCCUUUCCCUCUCUUUUGCACCAAGCCAUGGAAGCGAAUGCCAGAUUGAGAGGUGCCGAGGACAACCAGCACAACCCGGAAAAUAGACAGCUGACGGCGGAAGAGGAGGAGGCGGCGAAGAAAGGGAGAGCGGCGGAGAAGAAGACCUGGGGAGAAUGGGCCAGGGGUGUGAAGCUUUUCCUAUGGAACCCGGAAACACGGCAGUUCAUGGGCAGGACGGGUCAGAGCUGGGCCCUGAUCAUCCUCUUCUAUCUCGUUUUGUAUACUUUCUUGGCCGGCAUGUUUUCCUUCGGUUUGUAUGUCAUGUUGCUCACGAUGAGCCCUUACACGCCGACCUACAGAGACAGAGUUGCUCCGCCAGGCGUGAUGAUCAGACCAUAUGUGGACAAUACGGUCAACAUUGCUUUCAACAUCUCCCGUCCGCAUUCGUGGCAACGUUAUGUGGAUAACUUGGAGGCGUACUUACAAGAUUACAAUGACGCUGCGCAAGAGUCCAAAAACAUCAUGUGCAACCCAGGCCGGUAUUUCUUCCAAGAGGACGAAAGCAAACCAAAGAAAGCUUGCCAGUUCAAGCGAUCCGUGCUGAGUCAUUGUUCUGGAUUAGUGGACAAAACGUUCGGCUACUCCACUGGGAAGCCUUGCAUCCUUCUGAAGAUGAACCGCAUUGUAGGCUACAAGCCUGGAUAUGGGACUCCGGUGACUGUGACCUGCAGAAAAUUCAAAGGCGAUGACAGUCCUCUUCGUGGGGUGGAAUACUACCCAAGUAACACAUUCAAUCACAUGUACUUCCCUUACUAUGGCAAACAAACACACGGCACCUAUGCGCAACCCUUGGUGGCCAUGCAUUUCACCAACGUGACCCGGAACAAGGUCAAUACCAUUCAAUGCCAACUGAACGGAAAGGGCAUCAUCAACGACUACAACAGCGACCGGUUCCUGGGGCGCAUCAUUUUCAUGUUGCAGGUCGGAAACUAGACCGGGGAGCCGCCCGCCUGCACCGUUUCAGAGGCUAAUAAAACUCUUCCCACCUCGGACGGAGAAACAAACGGCCGUUGACAAGAGCCGGGGGGAUUCAGACCUGUUUGGGGAGGGGGCUAUUUUGGUUUGUGUCUAUGAUGUAUAGACUGUAGAAUUAAAUGUAAUCGGAGUCGUUCACUUUGCAAACAAA